UAGACCCAGCUGCUAACUGAAACUGACAGUGCGUCGAGCUCUCCCGCCAAUACGACGACGUCUACAGUCCUUAGAAGAAACGCAUACAAAACUAUCAAAGUGGCUUUGUUCUCAAUUGGGUUCCCAAAAAUAUGAUUUUCAAAAUACAAAAAUGUGGGGAAAGAUUGUGUCUUGGAUGGAGGAUGCUGUCCAGGAAGUACAGUUCAAGUGAACCCAUAAGGCAAUUUUCUGACCCAACCAAAACAAUAUGCAAAAUCAUGAUGUCUUGCCCAACACUUGCACUUGAUACUGCCCUUGACCAAAGUGGGAUCAGAAUUUCACCUGAAAUGGUAGAGGAAGUUCUCAUGAGAUUCCAGAAUGCUGGUAUGGUUGCAUACCGAUUCUUCGAAUGGGCAGGGAAGCAGCGGAAUUACACGCAUAGCGUGAAGGCUUACCAUGCCAUGAUUGAGUCUUUGGCCAAGAUAAGGCAGUACCAGAUCAUGUGGGAGCUUGUGAACUUAAUGAGGGCCAAGAAAAUGCAGAACAUGGAGACAUUUAGCAUAAUUAUGAGGAAGUAUGCUAGGGCCCAGAAGGUUGAAGAAGCGCUUUAUACAUUUAACGUUAUGGAAAAGUACGAUUGUGCUCCGAAUUUAGCAGCGUUCAAUGGCCUGCUGAGUGCUUUGUGUAAGUCCAAGAAUGUGCGGAAGGCUCAGGAGAUUUUUGAUAAAAUGAAGGAUCGGUUUGAGCCAGACUCGAAGACUUAUAGUAUAUUGAUUGAUGGGUGGGGAAAGGAUCCGAAUUUGCCUAAGGCAAGGGAGGUCUUUAGAGAAAUGACUGAUGCUGGUUGUAAUCCUGAUAUAGUGACUUAUGGUAUCAUGGUUGAUGUUCUUUGUAAGGCAGGAAGGGUGGAUGAAGCGAUUGAGAUCGUUCGGGGCAUGGAUGAUAGUGGUUGUACACCCACAUCUUUUAUUUACAGCGUUUUGGUGCAUACAUAUGGGGUGGAGCACAGGAUUGAAGAUGCUGUUGACGCAUUCUUGGAGAUGGAAAGGAACGGAAUCAAGGCUGAUGUGGUGGUGUAUAAUGCCUUGAUUGGUGCCUUUUGUAAGGCUAACAAGUUCAAGAACGUGUAUAGGGUCUUAAAUGAUAUGGAUUCCAAAGGUGUUAAACCCAAUUCAAGGACCUGCAAUAUCAUUCUGAAUAGCUUGAUUGAUCGUGGAGAGACUGACGAUGCAUUUAGUGUCUUUCGUAAAAUGAUCAAACUAUGUGAGCCCGAUGCAGAUACGUAUACGAUGAUGAUAAAGAUGUUUUGUGAGAAAGAUGAGCUAGAGAUGGCUCUCAAAGUCUGGAAGUACAUGAAGCAGAGGCGGUUUGUGCCGAGCAUGCAUACAUAUUCCGUCCUUAUAAAUGGACUGUGUGAGCAGGGCAAUACUUCAAAGGCUUGUGUCUUUUUGGAAGAGAUGAUAGAGAAGGGGAUUCGGCCAGCAGGUGUGACAUUUGGGAGAUUAAGACAGUUGCUGAUAAAAGAAGGAAGAGAAGAUGUACUCAAAUUUCUAAAUGAAAAAAUCAAUCUCCUGGUCAAGGAGCCUUUAUUUGAUUGAGGUUUCAAGACUGGAAACUGAGAAAACUUGUAGUGUUUGAUAUUCUCAAUCAACACUGACGAGUUCUGGAGUUGUAUUUGGCAUUGGAGAACCAAGUUGUCUCUAAUAGCCUAUUUGUGACUGCCUUGCAAGUUUACAGAAAGAAAUCAAGAGGAACAGCAAGUGGUUCCGUCACCCGCAGCAUCAAAAGGAACAAGUAGUGUUCCAACUGUAUCUGUUACGCCACAACUGAAGCAAAAGCAAAGGG